UAAAAGUCUCUCUUUAAUCAUCUCACUCACUCACCAUCAUGUGUACUGGAAAAUGUUCUAAGUUUAUUGGGGUGUCCUUGUACCCCUUGAUCCUCAUCUGCAUCACUGCCAAUCUUAUGAUGUUUUUCCCCGACUGGAGUACAGAAUACAUUGUAAAUGCGGGGGAGCAGAUCACCCAAGAAGUGAGGAGUGUCGGUGGGAUUGUCGGUGGCGGUCUAUUGGUCCUAAUUUCCGCAGUUCAUAUUCAGGCGACAGGACGAAAGGGCUGUUGUAACAACCGCUGUGGGAUGUUCCUGUCCAUUGCAUUUUCGAUUAUUGGACUUGGUGGAGCAGUAUUUGGCUUUCUUAUGUCCCUCAUUGGGCUGCUGCGAGGACCGGUCUGUCAGUUUAAUCCAACUUUUUCUAAUGACGACAAUGUAAUCAAACCGACUAAUGGGUCACUUGUCUGGGGUCGUCCCUUUGAUGGGGAGCUGGAAGAACUGAGCGAUGAUAAUUACUUGUUUCAUCCCGAGACCUGGAACACCUGUGUGGCACCCCCAAAUGUGGUGAUGUUCAAUGUCAUUCUCUUCUCUACUACCUUGGUGGCAACUGGAAUUGAAAUUAUUCUGUGCGCCGUUCAGGUGUUAAAUGGUCUGUUUGGCUGCAUCUGUGGGACAUGUCGGAAGGAAAAAAAUGAAAAGGGGGACAAGGGAGAGUUAAUAGAAUAGCCUCGAUUAUUUGAAACUCUGCACC